AUGGGUUUGGAUGAACGUCCGUCGUGUUUGCGUAGCUUUCCUCAUGAAGUAGUCUUCGUUAGUGUUUUAUCUUGUGCUCAAUUACUUACUCAAGCAGCACUAGGCAAUGUACUCGUUCCACUUCAUAUUAUUGGUCCUGAUAUCGGUAUUACAAAUCCUGCUGCAUUGCCUUGGACAUUAGCAGCGUAUUCUUUGACAGUGGGUGUUUUUAUAAUGGUUACAGGACGAGUAGGCGAUAUUUUUGGACAUAAACGAUUAGUUAUAGUCGGAUAUUUGAUGUUUUCUAUAUUCAGUUUUUUAACUGGAUUGGCUGCAUAUGUGAAUAAUGGUAUUUAUUUUCACAUUAUGCGUGCAUUCCAAGGAAUAGGUCCAACAAUGCUUUUACCUAAUGCAGUUGCACUACUUGCUCGAACAUAUCCAGCUGGUUUGCGAAAAUCUAUUGUUUUUUCAAUAUUCGGAGCAACAGCACCUACCGGAUUUAUUCUAGGUGCUCUAUUUGGAAGUAUAUUUGCUCAAUUUUUAUGGUGGCCUUGGGCACAAUGGGCAUUAUCAAUUUUUUGUUAUAUUCUUGCUAUUUUAACGUAUGUUAUAGUUCCAACUGAACUAUCAUUAGCCGUUCAUCCGACUGGUAAAACUGAUAUAUUUGGAGCCAUCAUUGGAGUAUCAGGUUUAGUUCUAUUUAUAUUCUGUUGGAAUCAAGCACCUCUUGUAGGCUGGGAUAAACCGUAUAUGUACGGUAUAUUAAUUGCUAGUAUUGUCAUAAUUGCACUGUUUAUUGUGAUUGAAAUGAAAACACAAGAACCGAUCAUGCCAUUGUCUAUUUGGUCUGUACCUGGAUUUCCAGGUGUUCUUGGAUGUAUGUCUUUGGGUUGGUCAAGUUUUGGUAUAUUUAUUUAUUAUAAUGUUCAAUUUCUUGAAAUUAUCCAUCAUGCAUCACCAUUGUUAACGACAGCUAUGUUGACACCGCUCGUCGUUUUCGGCAUUAUAGCGACAAUCGUUGUUUCUCAACUCUACGGUCGUACGCCGGCCCAUUAUCUUCUUAUGGCAUCGAUGAUUUUCUUUUGCGCUGGUAAUAUUCUUAUCGCUACAGCACCUGCUAAUCAAACUUAUUGGGCACAAGUAUUUGUUGCUACAAUGUUGACUCCGUUUGGUAUGGAUAUAAGUUUUCCUGCUGCAUCCUUAGUUAUUAGCAAUAAAAUGCCUAUGCAUCAGCAAGGUGUAGCAGCAAGUAUGCUGAAUACAGCAAUCAACUGGUCUAUUUCAUUAGGUUUGGGUAUUGCAGGAACCAUUGAAAGUAAAAUGCUUAAAAGAGGAAAGACGACAUUGGAAUCUUAUCGAUAUGCGUUAUACACUGGUAUUGGACUCAGUGGUUUAGGAGUUCUCGUAGCAUUGUUAUUCUGUCGUGUACCUAAAACAGUUAAUCCAAAUGAUGAAGAACAAACACAAGUAGAUAGUUCAUCUAUUACUACGAUGGAUACAGCAAUCAAUGCAGAUAAAAUUGAUAAUGAAGAAAAAUAA